GUGUCUGAAUUGGAAGGUGGAGGACGUCGGUCGCAAUAAUAAAAAACGAUAGAAUGGAGAAGAAUUAUCCCGACGCCCAGGCACCGCCCAGUUAUAACACCACCCAGCCUGGUUAUCCAAAUUUGAACCAGCAGCAGCCGCUGAUUGUUGCUCAGCCUCAGUUCAUCCAGGCACCUCCUAAUGUGUUGGGGAAUGUUCCAUCCAUGGCCACGUGCCCGAGCUGCGGAGCCCGAAAACAAACGAAGAUCGAAUUUGAGCCGAGUACCAAGACCCAUUUAAUAGCCCUUCUUAUUUGCCUGAUAGGGGGCAUUUGCUGCUGCUGCAUUCCGUACUGCACGGACUCCUGUCAGUCGGCCAAACACACCUGUAGUAGCUGCGGAGCCUAUGUGGGAACUUUCAAAAACUAGGCCUCUUCCUCGAAAACCAAAAAUCCAAGAAACUCCUAAUAUGCAACCUUAAAAGUAUGCCUCAUAAAUGCAUUUUUAAUUUGAUUACACAAAUAAUUAAAUUAAUCGUAGUGUAAGCUUAUACAAAAUAAAACAAAAAUAUUUUGCGAUUGAUUAUAAUCAGAAUAUCUAAAGUUAUUGCUAUAAAUUUAA